AUGGCGGAUUCCUCCCGACUCAAAGCGACCGUCUUCGUAGGCGGCCUCGACAUGGCCGUCACCCAGCAAACCCUCUACCACGCGUUCCUCCCCUUUGGCGACAUCGUCGAGGUUAACCUACCCAAGCCGGAAUUGCCGUCGUCAAAGGAGCCGCAUAGGGGCUAUGGCUACGUUGAAUUUGAGCAUGCCGAGGAUGCGAGAGAUGCCAUCGACAACAUGGAUCGGAGUGAAAUGUACGGACAUGUGAUCAAGGUUGCGCAGGCGAAGCCGCAGAAGGAUCAGACUGAGGGGUUGGGGAGUAAGACGGCGAUCUGGGAGCAGGAAGGAUGGCUGGCGAAGCAUGCUGUGAGCGAGGAGGAUAGACAAGCUGCAGGGAAUGCAGAAGCACCUUCGGACCAACGCCCAAUGGAUCCUAUGCAGGGACUUGAAGGUCUAGAUGAAGCGGGACCCAAGCCGGCUUGA